UUUGACUUAUAUCUUCCGAGUGACUAUCCGAAGAAACCGCCACAGCUACACUUUGUUACCACCGGCCAUGGGACUGUGCGGUUCAAUCCCAAUCUCUACAACAAUGGUACUGUGUGUCUUUCUCUACUGGGCACAUGGGGUGGGCCUGGAUGGAAGCCAAGCCUGUCCACUCUGAUCCAAGUGUUCCUGUCAAUGCAGGCGAUGGUGUUCAAUGCCAUUCCGUACAUCAACGAG